GAGAAGGUAAAACGGCCCGAGUCCGCGCUCAGGCGCGGGAAGUAGCAGCCCGGCGAGGAGGACAGAGGGGUUUGUGACCUUUCUUCUCCGCCAGGGCUCCGCUUUGUUUACUCGCAGCUCUCGGUUUCCUUUCCUCCCGGGAAUCGGAGCGCCGUCUGCUCUGCAUCGGUUUUCCUCAGCACAGUUAGGAAUCUGAAGUAAACAAGAAAGCAUGACGUCUUCAGCAUGGUCUGAAUAUACAAUUGGUGGGGUGAAGAUUAGCUUUCCUUAUAAGGCUUAUCCGUCACAGCUUGCUAUGAUGAAUUCGAUUGUCAGAGGAUUAAACAGUAAGCAGCAUUGUUUGUUGGAGAGCCCUACAGGAAGUGGGAAAAGCUUAGCCUUACUUUGUUCUGCUUUAGCAUGGCAACAAUCUCUUAGUGGGAAGCCAGUGGAUGAAAGCUUAAGUAAAAAAGGUGAAGUACCGUUGUCAUGUUGUUGUACAUGCCAUUCAAAGAAUUUUACAAAGGGUGACGUGAACCAAGUAACUUCACAUCAUUUCAACCGUCCAAGUACACCACCUUCUGAAAGAAAUGGCGUUUCAUCAACUUGUCAAGACUCUCCUGAAAAAACUACGCUGGCUUCAAAGCUAUCUGCCAAGAAACAGGCUUCCGUAUGCAGAGAUGAAAAUGAUGAUUUUCAAGUAGAGAAGAAAAGAAUUCGACCCUUAGAAACUGCACAGCAGAUUAGAAAACGUCAUUGUUUUGAAAAGGAGGUGCACCACUUGGAUGCGAAAGUUGCUGCAGGAAAGACCACAGAACUCAGCUCUCCAUUAAGAAAGAUAAACUCCUUUUCUCUACAGAAUCCCCCUGGUCACUGUUCUAGGUGUUGUUGUUCUACUAAACAAGGAAACAGCCAAGAUUCUUCAAAUACCAUUAAGAAGGAUCAAGGGGGGAAAUCCAAGAUACCUAAAAUAUAUUUUGGGACACGCACCCACAAGCAGAUUGCUCAGAUCACUAGAGAACUCCGGAGGACAGCGUACUCAGGGGUCCCAAUGACUAUUCUUUCCAGCAGGGAUCAUACUUGCAUCCAUCCUGAUGUAGUUGGUAACUUCAACAGAAAUGAAAAGUGCAUGGAAUUGCUAGAUGGGAAAAAUGGCAAAUCCUGCUAUUUUUAUCAUGGUAUUCAUAAAAUUAGUGAUCAGCACAAAUUACAGACUGAAGGAAUCUCCAAGGCCUGGGAUAUAGAAGAACUCGUCACCUUGGGGAAAAAACUAAAGGCAUGUCCAUAUUAUACAGCACGAGAACUAAUAGAGGAUGCUGAUAUUGUAUUUUGUCCCUACAACUAUCUUCUAGAUGCACAAAUAAGAGAAAGUAUGGAUAUCAAUCUGAAAGAACAGAUUGUCAUUUUAGAUGAAGCUCAUAACAUUGAGGACUGUGCUCGGGAAUCAGCAAGUUACAGUAUAACAGAAGUUCAGCUUCGAUUUGCUCGAGACGAACUAGAUAGUAUGGUCAACAAUAACAUAAGAAAGAAAGACCAUGAACCCCUACGAGCUGUGUGCUAUAGCCUUAUUAAUUGGUUAGAAGCAAACUCUGAACAUCUUGUGGAGAGGGAUUAUGAAUCAUCCUGUAAAAUAUGGAGUGGAAGUGAAAUGCUCUUAAAUUUACACAAAAUGGGCAUCACCACUGCUACUUUUCCCAUUUUGCAGGGACAUUUUUCUGCUGUCCUACAAAAAGAAGAAAAAGUCCUACCAAUUCAUGGUAAAGAGUCAAGAGAAGUACCUAUUAUUAGUGCUUCAACUCAAAUAAUGCUCAAAGGACUUUUUAUGGUGCUUGACUAUCUUUUUAGGCAAAAUAGCAGGUUUGCAGAUGAUUAUAAAGUUGCUAUUCAACAGACUUACUCUUGGAUAAAUCAGACUGAUCCUUCAGAUAAAAAUGAGUUCUUUGCUCUACCAAAAAAUAAGAAACGUUUACGACAGAAAGCUGCAGUUCAUGUGCUAAACUUUUGGUGCUUAAAUCCAGCCGUGGCCUUUUCAGAUAUUAAUGGCAAAGUUUGGACGAUUGUUUUAACAUCUGGGACAUUAUCACCAAUGAAAUCCUUUUCAUCAGAACUUGGUGUUACAUUUACUAUCCAAAUGGAGGCUAAUCAUGUCAUUGAUAACUCACAGGUUUGGGUUGGCACCAUUGGGUCAGGCCCCAAAGGUCGGAAUCUUUGUGCUACCUUCCAGCGCACGGAAACAUUUGAGUUCCAGGAUGAAGUGGGAGCACUUUUGUUAUCUGUGUGCCAGACUGUUAGCCAAGGAAUUUUGUGUUUCUUGCCAUCUUACAAGUUGUUAGAAAAAUUGAAAGAACGUUGGCUCUACACUGGAUUAUGGCAUAAUCUGGAGUUGGUGAAGACAGUCAUUGUAGAACCACAGGGAGGAGAAAAAACUGAUUUUGAGGAAUUACUGCAGGUGUACUAUGAUGCAGUCAAGUACAAAGGAGAGAAAGAUGGAGCCCUCCUGGUAGCAGUUUGUCGUGGUAAAGUGAGUGAGGGUCUGGAUUUCUCAGAUGACAAUGCUCGUGCUGUUGUAACAAUAGGAAUUCCUUUUCCAAAUGUGAAAGAUCUACAGGUUGAACUAAAGCGACGCUAUAAUGAUCAGCAUUCAAAAUUGAGAGGUCUUUUACCUGGUCGUCAAUGGUAUGAAAUUCAAGCAUACAGGGCCUUAAACCAGGCCCUAGGUAGGUGUAUUCGACACAAAAAUGAUUGGGGAGCUCUUAUUCUAGUGGAUGAUCGCUUCAGGAGUAACCCAAAUCGAUAUAUAUCUGGACUUUCUAAAUGGGUACGGCAGCAGAUUCAGCACCAUUCUACCUUUGAAAGUGCACUGGAGUCCUUGGCUGAAUUUUCCAAAAAGCACCAAAAGGUCGUUGCUGUAUCCAAAGAGGACAGAAAGUCUAUACAGGACAGUGGGUCUACGUUUGAAGUGGCCUGUUUGAAGGACAAUACCUCAACUUAUUUAUUGGAAGCAGCAAGCCAUCUAUCACCAGAAAGUCCUAGGGAAGAUGAAGCAAAAAUGUGUGUGCAAGAACUACAGUGUCCUAAAAUGAUAACUGAAAGUCCAUCGCUACCAGGCAGCGUUAUCUCCAGAAAUGAGAAAAAUGACUCAGUGUUAUUGGAAGAGUCUGCCCAGACAGUGAAAGCAGAAAAAAUCGUGAUUUCCAGAUCCACAAGCCCAACCUUCAACAAACAGACAAAGAGUGUUAGCUGGUCUAGCUUUAAUUCUUUGGGACAAUAUCUUACUGGUAAAAUUCUGACUGUAACACCUGAGUUCAGGUCAUCAGAGGCUUGUGCUUCUAAUUCUACUUUCAAAACAGAAAAGGAAUAUAAAACUGUUUUGCCACUCACUGAUAAGUGUGAGCCCUCAUCUCUGACAGUAAACACAUCAUUUGGACCAUGCUCUCAGUCAGAAACCACUCUUCCAUCAACAAAGACUGAUGCUACUCUUCUUAAAAAUAAUCAUUCCAAACAGCUGCUCUGCUCUGAAGACGCUCCGGAUCCAGACAUUGAAUUGUCUUUAUCUUUAAAGCUGAUUGGCAGCAUACGUGAACUUCAUUACCUUAGACUUGGAAGCAUGUUCCAGAUCCACCUACUGACUUACUUUGAGGAAUUUUCAAACAACCUUUUUCUAAGAAUACUGUGCUGAUAAAAAUCCAAAGAAUCUUCCUC